UUCUCGUCUAGUCAGUUAGUCUUCUACGCCAGAAGCUUCAGUACUCUGGCGAAACUUUCAACGACUGUUGGAAGAGUUUUCUGUGCGGGAGCUGGAGAUUUAUUAUAUCCGAGCAGCGGAUGAACAUCUAAGUAUUAUGAGAAGUUUAUCUACUAGUAUUUAUACUCAGGUGAUAAAUCAUUAGUAUGAUAUGUAAAGUAAAUAUUAAAUUAGAACAGAGUUUGACAUGAUUUUUAGUACCGCAUCGAGUUCCAGUAGGUUGACCGGCGUCUCCUCAACAUGACAUUUGUGAUUCAACUUGAAUGAAUGAAUAUUUACGAUUCGAAAAAUAUCUGAACGCGGUUGAAUCGAGUGAAAAUGGGUGAUGAAUCAAAGUCAAUGGACGGAGAGGUGAAUGAUAAUAACUAUUUCUCAAAAACAGCCGUAACUGAUGCUGAGGUGAGUUUUGAACAUAACAGACCACAGCCGGAAACACGUUUAUAUAAAAAGAGAUGGAUUAUAGUGUGUUUAUUCAGCUCAUAUUCGCUGUGUAACUCAUAUCAGUGGAUUCAAUACGGAAUCAUCAACAAUAUCUUCAUGCGCUUCUACAGUGUGGACACUUUCACCAUUGACUGGAUGUCUAUGAUAUACAUGUUGACGUACAUUCCUCUCAUUUUUCCCGUCUCGUGGCUCUUGGAUAAAAAAGGUCUGAGGGUCAUCGCGCUCGUGGCCGCAGCUUUGAACUGCGCGGGCACGUGGAUCAAGGUGGCCAGCGCGAGACCGGACCUUUUUCCGGUGACAUUUUUGGGUCAGUUCACGUGCUCCGUGGCUCAGGUGUUUAUUCUCGGGAUGCCCUCGCGCAUCGCAUCGGUGUGGUUCGGGUCGGAUGAGGUGUCCACUGCGUGCUCCAUCGGGGUCUUCGGAAAUCAGUUGGGGAUUGCCAUUGGCUUCCUCGUUCCACCAAUACUGGUUCCAAAUGUGGACGAUCUGGACGAGUUAGCGUCUCACAUCAGAGUCAUGUUCUACAUCACGGCGGGUGUGGCCACAUUCUUGUUUGUGUUGGUUGUCAUCGUGUUUCAGGAGCGUCCGGAGAUCCCUCCCACCCAUGCUCAGGCCGCGGCUCGGCAGAUCUCUCCGGAGAGCUACUCGUAUACAGCCUCCAUCUUCAGACUGCUCCGCAACAAAGCCUUCAUCCUCCUCGUCAUCACUUAUGGGCUGAAUGUUGGCUGUUUCUAUGCUGUCAGUACGCUUCUCAACCGAAUGAUCAUUGAGCACUAUCCUGGAGAGGAGGUGAACGCCGGCAGGAUCGGCCUCACCAUUGUGAUCGCUGGAAUGGUGGGUUCCCUCAUUUGUGGAAUCUGGUUAGACCGAUCUAAAACAUACAAACAAACCACUCUAGCUGUGUAUCUUAUGUCCCUUGUGGGUAUGGUGAUUUAUGCUUUUACCUUGGAUUUGGGUCACCUGUGGGUGGUCUUUAUCACAGCGGGAGCCCUCGGGUUCUUCAUGACGGGUUAUCUUCCUCUCGGUUUUGAGUUUGCCGUCGAGUUGACUUACCCAGAGUCUGAGGGGACGUCUUCAGGGCUUCUAAACUGCUCUGCACAGGUAUUUGGGAUCAUAUUUACGAUCUGUCAGGGGAAAAUCAUGGAUUCGUUCAAUACGCUGGCUGGAAAUCUCUUCCUGUGUGCGUUCCUGCUGAUAGGAACCUUCAUUACAGCCUGUAUUAAGUCAGAUCUGCGCAGACAGUUGGCAAACCAGCAAGCACUGGCAGCUGCAGCGUUGGGCAGGACAGACGUUCAGGAUCACAGUGGGACGUCUCUCCUCCCCUCCUCACACAUGUGAUCAAUCAAUCACUGCCUGAUUUUAUUGCUCACUGUGGUUCAGGUAUGGGCGGCACAUGUGAUCAGCCGCUCGAUGAUCACACACUCGAUGAGCUUUGUUUUAAUUAUCGCUUAUAAAGUGAUUCAGAUUUGCUUUUGAUUCUCAGUGUGUCCAGUCAAUUUUAGUCCAAUUUUAAUUAUUUUUGUCUGCGCUAUCUGAACGCUUCGCCCUUGAGCUGUGUGUGUGUUAACUAUAGCAUGGUCUGCACUAACAUUUAACCUUCAUUUAAUCCACUAACACACUAACUGUCCUCCAGUGGAUGUGUGCAUGAAUGCCAUCAGGGGGCGCCGUUUCACUGUGAUAUUUAUUACUAAUGAUGUGUUUUGUGUUUGUAGGGCCAUUUGGAAACAUCACCAGCACAAGCUUUUGAAGCCAAACUCUAAUGUGAUCAUGGAACGGAUUGUGUAGCAUUUGUCAUUUUUGUUUGACACUGUUUAUCUUUUAUAGUUUGUAACCAGCCUUGAAUUUCGCCUGAGUUCUUCUGUGACAUUUGAAUCAGGAUGUAUUAUGUGUGUUUGUGUGUUUACUUGUAUUGUGUCUAGCCUUUAUAACAGCCAGGGAUUGACUGAGAAGUCUUUGUUUGUUUGUUUCAUAUGGUGUGAUCAUUUGUGUUUAAUUGAUCACUAAUCAUCUCAUUAGGACAUAUUCUAAUUUUAAACUAGUUUAUCAAUUUCUGAUUUAAAUUAUUAAUGUUAACAUUUUUCUUGAAACAAUUUUUUAUGGAAACUUAUAUAAAAAAAAAAAAUCUGCAAUGAAACCCAUUGGAACGUGAAAUGUUUCAGUAUUAUUUUAACUUGAUAUAAACCAAAUCUGUUUCCAAAUCUAUGCAGUAAUAUGUAAUGAAUAACUGUUUCAGUAUUUUUUAUACAGUUGUUUUGUAUUUUGACCCUACUUAAAGUACUAUAAGUCCAUCUAAACAAAUUGUAAUGAAUAAAAUGACUCUAACAUCUAAA